UGUAAGGUUAGAGCUGUUUUCUUUGUAACGCUGGAACUCAAUUCAGACGUUUGACAGGAUUACGUGCACCUGCUUUCCGCUGACAGUAAACACGCCUCGCACGUCAUGAGACCUUGUACGUGUUGUUAAAAUGCUUUGGCAAAGCUGAUGUUUAAAAAUGCAGCUUGUUGGGUGGCAGACAGUAAACGUCUAACGUUAGUUCUGACUCUUGCAGCGGAUGUUGCGGCCCCGACGGUUUUCACUGGCUGGCUUAUAUAUCAUACCUUGCAUAUUCAUAACAUCUCAAGAAAAAGAAAACAUUUGUGCAAGAAGUGGGUUGAAAAAUGCCAGCGGCAAGAUCUCAUCGACAAAUCACCAAACCAGUUGUACAGAUACUACAGACUUUGUGGGAAACAUUUUGUAACAUCUUCCACUGAUAGUAGUACAGUCUUGAAGGAUGAUGCCAUUCCAACUAUCUUUGAUGCACCAAGCCAACCUCAAAAUGGACAGGUCAAACGCAGUAAAGAGACGACCAAAGAUGAUGAAAAGGAGAGUAAGGGGAGAAAAAAAAUCAAAAAGUCUCAAGCAGAGACAAAUAAAGAAGAUGUCCAGACAAUCCCGGAGGAAGAGAAAUACAAAGAGUAUCUCAAGUCAUUAUUUGAAGUUCUUGUACUGUUGGCAGACCAAGGCAUUCCUCCGACAGGGCCUGGUGAUAAUAAACAGGACAGCCUUGGGUCAAGCAACUUUCAGGCAUUGUUAGAAUAUCGCAUGAGUUGUGGAGAUGAAGUCCUAAAGACGAGGCACGAUGCAAAUAAGGAGUGCUGCUCAUCAGCUCAGCUGAGUCAAUUGAUUGAGGUGUGCGAGAAAUGCAUCCGCGGAAAGCUGAUGGAGGAAGUUAAACAAAACGUCUUUUUCUCAUUAAUUACUGAUGAUUUGGUGAAGAUCUCAGGAGAAUGGUACCUCCCAGUCUUUCUCCGUUUUGUGGACCAGUCAAACUGCCAGCGGGAGAGGUUUGUUGGAUUCUUGUCGUUUGAAGGAGAUGGAGAUGCCCUGGCAGAGAAACUGCUCUCUGAAAUGACAGACAAAUGGGGCUUAAAUAUGGAACAGUGUAGAGGUCAAGCCCACUCCUGCUCUGGGGCACAUUUUAGUAAAAUAAAAACAUUUGCCGCCAAACUGAUGGAGAGGUAUCCAAUGGCAGUGCUUACGCUAAGAUCCACUCAUACCUUGAACAUGUCGCUGGCCGGUGGUAUGGCUUUGUCAGGGGUUCAGCUUGUCAUGUGUACCCUUAAGAAGAUUGAGUCAUUCUUCAGUCAGACCCCUUCACUGUAUUUGGAGUUGGAGCACGCAAUUUCGAUUUUCUACCCAGAGAAAGAGGAGAAAGCCAAUGAACUGAAGGAGAUCUGUCGUACCAGCUGGACCAGACGUCAUGACGCGUUUGAGGUGGCUGUGGAAAUCCUAGAGGCAUUGCUACUCUGUGUGGACAGCGUACAUGACAACGAGGACUUGAGGUGGAACGAUCAAGUCACACACGACGCCUUAGAGAUUUCAAAAGCGCUGGCUGAUUUUGAGUUCAUCAUGGCGCUUGUUGUCCUGAAAAACACUAUGACACUUACAAGGGCAUUUGGGAAGAACAUGCAAGGGAAAGCAACAGACGUGCAUUUUGCUGCACACAGCUUAAAAGCUGUAUUGCACUCCCUGAAGGAAGUGUCCGACAACAUCGACGUGUAUCAUGAGUUCUGGAACGAUGAAGCCAGUAACCUUGCUGCUGCGCUGGACAUCCCAGUCACAGUUCCUCGAUCAUUCUUGAGAAAGCAUCAGUCAGAACCGGGAACCAUUCAGCCAGAGAGUUACUACAAGGAGCACUUGUCUGUUCCUGUUGUGAACCAUGUCAUCAAAGAAGUGAAUGAACUCUUCUGUGAGAACCACCUGAAGGCUCUGAGAUGUCUGUCACUAGUGCCUGCAGUCAUAGAGCAGCACAAGUCCACCGAACCCGAUGAAGAAAACGUGCAAUUGUUUAAAGAUGACAUCCCCAAUGCUGGAACCCUGUCCGCUGAGCUGCAUUGUUGGUGGGUCAAAUGGAGCAAAAAGGGCAAAGGUGAGACUUUUCCUUCUAGUCUCCAUGAAACGCUGCAGCUAGCCGACGUGAAGUUCUUCCCAAACAUGCUUGCAGUCCUGAGACUGAUCGGCAUCCUGCCUACCUUGGCUCUGGAGGAUAGCUGUGAUGAUGCAUAUAAGCGCUUCAGGAUGUACAUGGAGAACACACCUGACAAGUUCAAAUCAAAAAGUCUCGCUCUUUUGAACAUGAACUAUGAUGUUGAGUGUGAUCUGGAUACAAUGGUUGAAGUCUACAUGAAGACAUACCCUGACACAGAGGAGGUGUCUUAGUUAUGAUGUGGUAGUUAAACCUCCAGGCAGGUGAUCCGCAGCUUUGUUAAUAGGACAUUUGCAAAUUGUGUUAUCUUGAUGAAAUAAGCAUCUUUUUUGUUGUUCUUGUUUUUCACUUUAUAAUCCUCAUACUGAAGUAGCGUCUUUCGUGGGCCAUUUAGUUGUUUUUUGUUUUGUUUUUUUAAUUAAAAUGUAGAAUGUAGAUGAAAGAGAAUCUGGGCUGCAGUGUCAUGUAUUGAGUAUCAGACAUUUUUGAGUUUUUGCUUUUAUUUUUUGUUUUUUAUGCUGUUUUCAUGCUAUUUUGUGAGCCAGCUUUUGAAACUCCCUGUAAAACACCCUGUAAAUUUACAACAUAAAAAUCUAAAAAUUCCAGCUCCCCCAUCACCUUUCUUUGACUCCAUCGUUCAAAUCAGUUGCAAAUUGUUGAUGUUUUAGACAUUGGAGUUAAUACUCUUGUAAGCAAGUGUUUUUUGCUGUGUCACUCAAGAAUUUGCUGACCUUUAAUAAUUGGGUAAGGGGGACUAGCUAUAAAUCCUUCUCUGAAAAUGUAAAUAAAGAUGUAGACUCUUUGGUUUGAUAA